UUUUGGAAGAAAGCAGACGACGGGAGAUGAGAGAAGAGAAAGAACAGGUGUGAAAGUUGCUAAGAAGCUGUGCAUUUUAAAUGGAAACUCCUGAUAUGUGUACGUUUUAAGAAUAUUAAGAAAUGUCUUUUUUAAAGGCCAGGACAAAUGGAAGCAGACCUUCUCUAGAAAAAUAGAUAACCAAGACAGACUGGGAGAUUUCUUGACAAUACUGCAGCCCAAAGAAGCAUCUGGACGACUAGACCUCGAGAAACAAAAAGGUUGAGACGAGAAAAGGAGGAGAAGCAAAGUUUCAAAUUGCUCUUCUGACAGGUUUUCAACUGACACACGACGGUAUCACGUGGUACAAGAAGACAUCUGGAAGCUUGGUUCUCACAAACAAGAAGACUGCGAGACAACUCACUUUAGUGACAAGCUGACAGAGGAAGGCGUCACGUGACACAAGAAGACAUCUGGAAGCUUGGUCCUCACUAACAAGAAGACUGUGAGACAAUUCACUUUAGUGACAAGCUGACAGAGGAAGACCAAUCACCUGGCAGCAGGAAUGGCGAUGAGACCUCUCCUCGUUUUUAUUUUCGUUUUAUUGACUCCUAGCUUGAAAGGAAAAAGCGUACAACUGUUUGAGACAGAAGAAGCAGGUACAAGAAUAUUUCACAAAUGCAAGGGAAGUAACCUGACACUGUACGAAGCAGAUGACGAGGUUACCGUUCUUCACGUGUCUGUGUUUCUCGGGAGAGAAUAUCUGGCCAGCUCUUCGGUACCCGCCACAGGAAUGUUUGAGAAACGUUUGACCGUUCACAAUAACGGAAGAGUCACCUUGACCAAUCUGACGUCAGAUGACCUGGGGAGAUACCGAGUGGAGGUCCAAGCUGAGGACAAGAUCACACACAACAUCAGACUGAUUAUUAAAGAGCCUCCUAGAUCAGCAGACGGAAAGUUAUUGGUGAUGAAGAAUGCCUUGUCAGACACAAACUCUAUUCGUCUGAUGUGUGGCACGUUUACAACUUUGGGCUUCCCGCCUGUGUCAGCAGUGUGGAAGGAUCCCACAGGUCGAACACUAAGCAGUGACGGGUUUAAUGAUGAGUACUUUUACCUGGAUGUACCUGCCGACACGGCGGACUCUGGUGACUACUGCUGUCAGCUGGACUGCCGAGCCCCCGACUUCUGUUGUCUUGACGACCAGUCGCCGCUAAGGUCGUGCGCCACAAUACCUGUCCACACAGACAGAAAGGUCGAGGUCACGACUGACGACAAGAUGUCUUUAGGAAACGUAACUCAAGCGAUGGCUUACCUGGUUCACCGACAAGCCAGGUGUGACCAGCUGGACACUUACAUCACAAAGGUGGAGACGUUACAAGUGGACAUGCUGAAAGGCAUCGAGAACAUGAGGAACACGACUACAGACGCUCGAGUCCAGCUAGAGACAGAAACGAACCACAAACUGUGGAACUUUCAACUUCAGAUGGAUUCUAAUGUGUCUAAAGUUAUGGAGUCUUGUAAUGUUAGUCAGCAGCAGCUACUGACUACAGUUUCUGACAAACUUUUAGAGCUGGAAACGAAGUUAAACAAGGACUUGGUCGACCUUCACAAUGCGAGCUUUGCUGCUGAUAGAAGACUAGAGGCAAACAUCAACAAAUCCGCGGAACAUCUCCAGAAAGUACAAUUACAGCUUCAUGCUAACAUUUCUAAAGCUGUAGAAUCCUAUAAUGAGCUUAAUGAGCGUCUAAUGGAGACAUCAAAGGAACUGCAGUUAAACCAAACUACCUUCUCAUAUCAAGUGGAAAACAUUGUCACUAGACUUGACAAAGAUGGAGGCAUUGAAUUAAAACUAACCAAAGCUUCUGACCAGGUUAAAGAUUUGCAACAGAGGACAGAAGAAAUCUCCGAGGCAGCUGACAAACUUAACUUAACUCAAUGUCUUUUGAAAACGGGCUACGUGUGGUACCAGAGAACCUGCUUGAAGCUUUCGACGAGAAAGGAGAACUACACUACUGCAAAAGCAGACUGCGAGGCAGACGGCGCUCACCUGUAUGACGUCAAGUCUCCGGUCUUAGACAAGCAGCGAGUGCGCUUCGCUAUCAAACAAGCAGGAUCACCUCUCUCCAUCGGCAUUUGGUUGGGAGGAAAUGACCUUGAGGUUGAGGGAGACUACCGCUGGAGUGACGGAACUCCUCUGUCGUCUUCCUCUAAAUUAUGGGCUACAGGUCAGCCUAAUGACAACAGUGGACGUCAGGACUGUAUUUACCUAUACGUCACUGAUCUACAUUUUUUAUUGUACGGCGAUGUUUGCCUUUUCCAUAGGCGUUACCUUUGUCAGUACGAUUUGCAGUAGAAAAACGGACAGUCCUGUCUGGUGACGUAGUAUUUCGCAAAUAACUGAAUGGAAGAUGACUGACUAAGGUCAGUUACGGGGCGAGAUUAUGUUCUACCAGAGUAAAACCCAACGAUCAAACUGAAUCUCGACACAAGUGGCUUGAAGAAUAGUUAUUCAACAUCCACUGUGUAAAUAAGUC